CAGGCCACCAUGUGCUUUUUUCUCUUUCCUAGAACCUGAGUGACCAACUCCCGCCUCUACCAAGGAAGCCCAGGGCAGGGGUGAUGGCAGCCUUACUCCAGCCCCAGGCCGAGGUGACUUUUGAGGAUGUGGCUGUGCUCCUCUCCUGGGAGGAGUGGGCCCACCUGGGCCCUGCUCAGAGGGGCCUCUACAGGGAUGUGAUGCUGGAGAACUACAGGAACUUGAUCUCAGUGGGUAAGGCCCCUCGCUGGGACUCAGUCCUGGGAACAGCCCUGGGGACUGAGAGCUCAUCAGGGGCUUGCCUGGGGCCCCAACCUGGGGCCCGGAGGUGGACAACAUCGACACUGGUCCCAGGCAGGCCUGUUCGGGGAAGUGGAGGACAUGGGUGGUGCAGGGACCCUCUGAGCUCCCGGAGGAAGCGGACCUGUGCUGCAGGCCUGGUGCACACUGCUCUCCAGCAGGAACUCACACCUUCAGUGGAGACAGCCCUGAGCUCUUGCUCCCUGUGCUAGUACCUCCAUCUUCAUGACCAUCCUAGCCCAUUCACAGCCUCCUCCAGAGGGCAUCCUGGUUCCCAUCAGCCCCUGCCUGUGCUUCCCUUCCCCACAGCCCCAGGUGAGACAUCACUGGGUGCAGCCACACACCAAGGUCCUUGGAACCAACCUCAGGCCUG